AACCUUAUCAGUCUCUUCCUUUCCCAUACAACUGGGCAUUUACACGACACUCCCACGUCUCUCUCGUGUUAGUUCCUUUUUCCUUCAGGAUCCGUAAUGCAUGACGAUUCCCUCGCUACAUGCACGCACCUAAUGUCUGCUAUAAAAGACCGACGUUGCUUUCCACCUCCCACAGUCUCUCUUGGCAAGCGCGACCGUUCCCAAACUCCCUCACCUUCCUUGAAUCCUCAUCCUUUUACACCGACGGUCUUUUCGCUGCGCUGACUGACUUUUAUAUCCUCUCUUUGACCGACCAAUGGUAAUAAUGAAAGCAUCUUUUUUCCUCCCAUUCCUCGCCGCUUCCUACGUUGCCGGGCACGGAUACGUGCAAAAGGUCACCAUCGACGGUACAGAGUACACCGGUCCUGCUGUUGGUUCUGGCAGCACCGAUGGAAUCACCCGCGAGGUGUCGACCCAGGAUCCCGUCAAGGGCGCGAGCAAUCCCGAUCUUACCUGUGGGCCAAGUGCCAUUGCAGCCAGUCAAGUUGCCGAUGCCAAUCCAGGAAGCUCCAUCUCAUUCUUGUGGACAGGCGCUAGCGGUUCCCCAUGGCCCCACAAUGUCGGACCUAUGAUGGCCUACAUGACCAAUUGCGGCGACCAGUCAUGUGCUGAUUACAAUACAACAGGCACAGAAUGGUUCAAGAUCGAAGAAGCUGGCAGGACCAACGGCACUUGGGCACAAGCCGCUCUCAUGAAUGGUGUGCCCGCCCAGGUGAUCCUUCCAAGUAACCUCGCUGCUGGCAACUAUAUUAUCCGCCACGAGAUAAUCGCCCUUCAGAACGCCCAGGCGGAAGGAGGUGCAGAGUUCUACCCUUCCUGCACCCAGCUCAAAGUGGGAGGCUCUGGCACCGGUGUUCCUUCCAGUAGUGAUCUCGUAAAGUUGCCUGGGGCUUACAGCGACACUGAUCCCGGUAUCCUGGUCGAUGUUUACUCUAACCCGGAAGCCUCGUAUACUUUCCCUGGUCCUCCAGUCGUCGACCUUGGUGGUAGCGGCUCGAGUGCAUCCGCCUCCGCCGCUGCCUCUGCCUCUUCCGCUACCUCCACCAGCGCGUCUUCUGAUUCGCAGGGAAGUUGCAAAUUAGAGAAGCGUAUAGUUACCAACGACACCCUAACUGUCGUCAAGAGACCCCGCCAUGUAUCUAGAAUCAUGCGUGGUUUGGAUUUUUCUUUUUACAGGCAUUAACGCGCUAGAACGCAUCUGAUGCUUGCACGCUGGCUCGUGUUCUGUGUUUUGACAUGCUAGUUCAUGUUUUAUUCCCUGAAUGUUUGAUACCUUUUUCUUCUUUAUACCCCUUCAUCUUCUCAUGAUCAUGACCUCUUACUCUCAUUAGCUAUUUGGCACGCUUGUAUGAGUUGUAUUGCUAUCCUUCAUCGUAUGCUGUAAUCUAAAUGGCUAGCCCACGAUCUUGUACUGAUUAAAUUGCAUGGCUGUAAACCAAUCAUAGAC